AUGCCAACCGUAGGCAUUAAGAAGGUACUUCUUGAUAAGCAUCUCGGAAAAGUCUAUAGUGAGAAGGAAUUCGACGAGCUUUGCUUUGAAUAUGGACUUGAACUGGAUGAAGUGACGUCCGAAAAGGCUGCAGUAGAGAAAGAACGAGGUGAGGCGGCUGCUGGUGAUGAGCUUUGUGAUUCGGAGGUAUACAAAGUCGACAUACCAGCGAACAGAUAUGACUUGUUAUGCGUAGGAGGGCUGACUAGAGCCUUGCGUGUUUUCAAAAACGAAGUUAGAACUAACCCAUUAGCGUUGCUUAUUUUCUUCAAUUUCAAGACAGCUGCAGUGCGUCCUUUCGUGGUCGGCGCUAUUCUUCGUAAUGUUUCGUUCGACGCUGAUAACUAUGCUUCCUUCAUUGACUUGCAGGACAAACUUCAUCAGAAUAUUUGCCGUAAGCGAACUCUGGUUGCUAUUGGUACUCACGAUUUGGACACUAUUUCUGGUAUGGUGCUUUCCACUUGUGUUGAGAUGCGUUCAACAUUUUAG